UGCUGUUCUUGAGCACACACCGCCUGCGAGUUAACGCGCACCAAACGCCGGCUUCACUGUGGAGAAGGCUUCGGCGCACAUUUGGGACGCCGCCGCUAUGGACGCCUUUCGAAACCUAGCGCUGUACGUGCUCUUGGUUUUCCUGUGGAGUUUACCGUGCACCCGUUCAGCCGCGAUCGUGCCUUCGUCGGGGCCGAAAAGGAACAGGGGGUCUAGAAGCCCACAUGAUGGACAAAGGUCACCCAAAUUUCUUAAAGAUGUUUUUGCGUCCUCUCCCGGUCUAAGUGGACGAGAUGAUUUUAAGAACUCGGUUGUGCCACACGAUUACAUGCUCUCCAUAUACAGGACUUACUCUGCCGCUGAAAAGCUGGGGCUUAACGCGAGCUUUUUCCGCUCGUCCAAGUCUGCAAAUACCAUUACGAGUUUUGUAGACAGGGGAAAAGACGAACUCUCGCAUUCCCCUUUGCGAAAACAGAAAUAUGUGUUUGAUGUCUCCACUCUCUCGGACAAAGAGGAGCUGGUGGGAGCAGAACUAAGGAUCCUCCGUAAACCCCCAGAGGACGCGAUGUCCUCUCCGUCAGGUCUCUACAACAUAGAGCUGGUGUCCUGCGCUUCGGACAGGUCUCUGGGCUCCAGCGUCUCCGUGGGACUGCGCGACGCACGAAACCCGGCCUGGGAGGUUUUGGACGUGUGGGAUAUGUUUAAAAGCAGACUGUCUCCAACUCACUCGAGUCAGCUGUGUGUGGAGCUCAAGGUCACAGUGAGUCAGUCCGAUGCUGAAAAGGACUUGAGGUCACUAGGCUUUGACAGGGGCGGCCGUGCGCAGCGUGAGAAGGCCAUCCUGGUGGUGUAUGCGCGCUCCCGAAAGAGAGAGAACCUUUUCAACGAGAUGCGUGGAAAAAUCAAGUCGGCUCGAGGAUCUCGCGGCUCCGAGCAGGACACCGGGAUGCAAUUUAAAGCGCGUCGGAGGCGGAGAACCGCGCUGAGCAGCCGCCACGGCAAGAGACACGGCAAGAAGUCGAAGUCGAGGUGUAGCCGCAAGGCGCUACACGUGAACUUCAAGGAGCUCGGCUGGGACGACUGGAUAAUCGCGCCCCUGGACUACGAAGCGUACCACUGUGAGGGCAUGUGCGACUUCCCGCUUAGGUCGCACCUGGAGCCUACAAACCACGCCAUCAUCCAAACCCUCAUGAACUCUAUGGACCCGAACAGCACGCCGCCCAGCUGCUGCGUGCCCACCAAACUAAGCCCCAUCAGCAUACUGUACAUAGACUCCGGCAAUAACGUCGUUUAUAAACAGUACGAGGACAUGGUGGUGGAGCAGUGCGGCUGCAGGUAGCGAUGCACGACGGGAAUUUACGCUUAAACACACUUGAAGUCGAGGCCAUCCGAACUCGAAUCCGUGUCCAGCAUAGAGUUAAAGGCUCUUGCAAACAACAACAAAAAUAUAAAGGCGUUCACUGUCAUUUCUUGCCAUAACCUGUAGUCUGAUCAUGCUUAUCUUAUUUUUUUACGUGAACUCCAAACUAUCAUCACUAUGGCACCGACCCCUUUUUUCUGCAAGGAUUUAUUUUAAAUAAUGAGACGCAUCCCUAUUUACAUUAGAUCAACAUACUCGUGCUUGCACAGUGCCUAAGCAGUUUCCAUCAGCCACUUAUCGAAACGCGUUAAAAAAAAGCUUAAACUAGGAUUUUCUCGUGUCUCCGGCAAGUAGCCUAAGGUAACAAAAGCCAGGUUUUGUGCAUAACCGUCUGGACAGGAUUCACUGGGGAUUUUGUUACACCAUUAUCUAUGCGGACUGAAAGGAAUGGGGUGUUGGGCACCUGUUCAAACGCAGCCAGUAAAACGGUGUGUCUGAGCUCACUGUGCUUCACUGCGGUCCGGUGCGCGUCACGUGGUCGUUUUUCGAACGCGUCCUGCUUUCGAACACGGUGUGCGCAUGCGUUAUUAUUACACCGACUUGACCUGAUUAGAUCCGGUGCUGAGUGUAAAUUUGCCAAAUAUUAAACCUGAAAUCGCCAUGUACUCAACUUCUUUGGGAAAGAGAGGAAGAGAGAGAGAGAGAGUGAGAAAGAGAGAAAGAGAGAGAGAGAGAGAGAGAGAGAGAGAGAGAUGGAGAGUUAAUGUAAAAGACCAUGCAUGAGCUAAGACAACUUUUUUUUUUUUUUUUUUUACAAAAAAAUUAAAAAAAAAAAUCCACUUGGGCAAAUUUAGGUAAAACAAAUUCGAAGUGCCUGGACAUUUUACCGAAUGGGGUUACCUGCUAUAAAGUCCACAAAACAAUCUCAUGUUGGACACAGGAGACAGCAAAAGGGUGGACCUGCAAAAAGACAUCUCAGAGAAAGAAAUAAAAAAAUGAAAGAAAUUAGAAAGGAUCCCAGCGCUCGCGUAUUCCCGAAAUGCACUUGACAGAAGCGGACUGUCCGGAGCCUUUUCCCCGCGCCUGACCCACUGCUGAGGGAAAAGAGACUCGAGCAAGAUUUUAUUUAAAUGCACAUUAGCUUCGAAUGCACUGUUCUUCCUUAUUUUGAGCUGUAAAUAUGUGUACAGUUAAAAAAAAAAAGAAAAGGGGGCAAGGAGUGGAGAAAUGACCAGCCACGCUUUCUGUUUUUGUAAAUGUACAUUUUUUAAAAAUGCACUCAAAUCGUUAUAAUUUCUAUUCUAUAAUUAUUUUUUAUUAUUUGUGAUGUACAGUUUCAUGAUAAUCUCGUAUUUCUUACAGUGAUACAAAUUAAUAAUUUAAAAUUGUAUUCAGUACUUGCUGAGGGUGGAAAUACCAAUAUCGAUGUCUACCUCAUUAUGACAUAGAGUUGAAGUUUUGAGGUGCAUUCAGUUAGAGUGUAAGAGAUUUUCUUUUUCAGUUCUAUAUACAAUAUAUCAAUGGAGAUUACUACACUAUUACUGUACUAAUAAAACGGAAAAGAAGUUA